AUGGGACAAGAUAAAAAGAACCUAACGGCUGCUGCUGCCGCGGCCUAUGUUGAUGACUCAACAACUUGGGAAUCAUUCGGUUUAGAUGCUCGUUUAUUACAAGCUAUUGACCAAUUAGGGUUUGAAAAUCCAACAUUAAUUCAAUCAAGUGCCAUUCCCUUGGCCAUAGAGGAAAAAAGAGACAUAAUUGCUAAAGCUUCUACUGGUUCGGGUAAGACAGCUGCGUAUAGUAUCCCUAUUAUUCAGAAUUUGUUGCAAGACGAAUCGACUGAAAGAGAAAUUAAAAGUAUUAUACUUGUUCCAACUAGAGAAUUAUCAAAUCAAGUCAGUCAAUUUUUGGAAAAACUAUUAAUAUUCUGCAACAGUAAAAUCAGGCUAAUUAACAUAUCGUCAAACUUAUCAGAUCAAGUUAUCAAUUCGUUAUUAAUAAACAAGCCGGAAAUAAUAGUAUCUACGCCUGCUAAAUUGAUUCAAAUUCUCGAAAAGAACGUAAAUUCGAAUUUAAUCAACUUGUCAACUGUGAAAAACUUGACUAUUGAUGAAGUUGAUUUGGUAUUGUCAUAUGGUUAUUUAGAAGACUUGCAAAAACUUGAAUCCUAUUUGCCAAUUAAAAAGAAUUUACAAACAUUUUUAAUGUCGGCCACCAUAAACGAUGAUUUAAAUGACAUCAAAUCCAAGUUUUGUUCUAGGCCAGCUAUUUUAAAGCUUAACGAUGAAGAUUCCAACCAAAAUAAUUUGGUUCAAUAUUAUGCCAAAACCACUGAAUUCGAUAAGUUUUUAUUAACCUACGUUAUUUUCAAGUUAAAUUUAAUUAAGGGGAAAACUUUAGUAUUCGUAAACAAUAUAGAUAGAGGUUACCGUCUUAAAUUAUUUUUGGAACAAUUCGGAGUUAGAUGCUGUAUUUUAAAUAGUGAAUUGCCAAUUAAUUCGAGGUUAAACAUUGUUGAGCAAUAUAAUAAGAACGUUUACAACUUGCUUAUUGCUACUGACGAAACUAAUGACUUUACUAUACAGGAAGAUGAAAAGGAUGAAGGAGAGGAAAUAGAAGAAAACAAGAAUGAAGAAAAUGAUGGAAAGACAUCCAAAAAUACAAAGAAACCAAAUCAAAAGAAAGAUAAAGAAUAUGGUGUAUCAAGAGGUGUCGAUUUCCGUAAUGUGGCCUGUGUUUUGAAUUUUGAUUUGCCUACUUCUUCUAAGUCUUAUAUACAUAGAGUCGGAAGAACAGCAAGAGCUGGUAAAUCAGGAAUGGCUUUAUCUUUUGUUUUACCACUUAACGAAUUUGGUAAACAUAAAACUGCAUCAUUAUCCACUGCCAAAAAGGAUGAAAAGGUUUUGCGUCGUAUUGUUAGACAACAAUCCAAUAACGGCUUUGAAAUCAAACCAUACCAAUUUGAUAUGAAACAAGUUGAAGGAUUUAGAUAUAGAGCUGAAGAUGCUUUCAGAGCGGUUACGCAAUCUGCUGUUAGAGAAGCCCGUAUAAAAGAGUUAAAGAAUGAAUUGGUCAACUCUGACAAAUUAAAGAGAUUCUUCGAAGAGAAUCCGCAAGAUUUGGCAUCAUUAAGGCAUGAUAAAGAAUUACACCCAACUAGGGUUCAAACUCAUUUGAAGAGAGUUCCAGAAUAUUUACUUCCUGAAAGUGCUAGAGCAGAUCACAAAAAGAUCGGAUUUGUUCCAUUUCACAAGAAUAAAGUACAUAAAAAUAGAAAAAGAAAGCCAUCUGGUAGAAAACCAGAUCCUUUGAAGUCAUUCAGACCUAAAUGA